AUGGUUCCUGGCAGCAGCAGCUCAGCCAGAUUUUGGUCCUCUCCCGUUCGCAAAUCUCAAUCGACGGCUACUUCGAAGACUUCUAGCAAUGCUGGGUCGCAACAGCUGCUAUCCCAGCAGCAACAGCAACAGCACAAGCAACAUCAGCAACAUCAGCAGAAAAACAAGCAGCUCAACAAACAAGCCAAGCAGCAGCCAGAGCAAACGCCGCGGAUUCAAAUGUCGCCUACAAAGAAACAAUUUUUCGACGAGGAAAUCACGCCUUAUGCGACGUUUCAACUAUCCCCAACUAAAGGCGACCAUGACAUCAACAUCGACGACGAUGGAGAAGAGUUCAAAACGUUCACCAUUCACCACGGGGAGCCAGCAUAUCUCACUAAGGGAAGCCUAGACGCCCCAUCGACGUGCAGCAAGAACGGAAAAGAAGAGUUUUACAGCCAUAGUCACGCGGCCAACAGCCACAGCCUGACAUCGGGCUCCUCCAACCAGGACGAGCUGCUGCGCGCAUACGAAUACGCCCGACGUCACCCGCCGGGCUCCUCGCUGCAGGCCUCGGCCGGCGGCGCCCUGAUGCACUACUGACGCACCGGACGACAGCCACACCACGGGCUCCGAAGGCAGCACCGACCCGGGCAUCAGGCAGUUCACAGAGUCGCCACCAGAGCCCAAUGAGAGGCGACAGGCCGCUUGCAUCACGCCAGGAUCUGGAGGUGGCAUGUCCAAGGACAGCAGCACGAGCAGCUCGAGCAGUUCGAGCAGCAGCAGCAGCGCGGGCUGUCUCGGUCCGGACGGUGGCGCGGAUGACGCGACGCCCGUCAACACGCCUAGCCAGGCGUCGGCUAUACCGGCAUGUUUCGCUGUCUGGGACCGCGCGCCGCUGCCCGGAAGAUCGGGAAUCGUCGCCAGGGCUGGACACCUGCCGCAGGUGAAAGUCCCAAGCCAAUCGAAAGUGCAACCUUCGAAGUCUCAGCAACCACUGCCGCCACCGCCUCUCCCAACAAAAAAGGGCUCGGUGCUGUCGGCCAGUACGCCUGCGCCUACCGUCGUCCCUUCUGCGCCGCCGGCGAGAUUCGUCAAGAAAGGGUUGUCCAGUGAUGAAAGCGACGAGAGCGAAGGCACGGCCUCGACGUUCGGCCACGCGGACGUGGUGCGCGGCAGUUCAUCGAACGAAUUCUCCGAGA